UUGCAGGAGCGAGUGGAUAUUGAAACAAGUUACAGCAAAUGUUUGCAAGCCUACAAUGAUAAGUGGUCAACGCAUAUCGGUGGAUUAGCUGCAUCCGCACUGCAAGAUGUUUGGAGAGAUGUUUUGGAGGAGAGCAUGGAACUGCAAAGACUUCAUGGGCAUGUCCGAGAUCGCAUCUGCGAGGAGAUUUUGAAAACCAUUGCACUGUAUCUGAAAGACAAUCAUCAUCCAUCACCGUUUCGAGCCUCAAAAGAAUUGCGUGAAAUUGAAGAAGAUUUUGAGCGGGCGCAACGAACUUGGCGGCGACAGUAUGAGAAGGUGGAAAAAGCAAAAAAAGCAUUUCAUGCGGCAUCCAAGGCCGAGCGCACUGCCCAAGUCCAGAUGAGGAAUGCAUGCGGUGAUGCGACAAUUUCCUUGGAUAUCGAAUCGAAACAACGUGAUCGUUACCAGAAGUGUCAGGAUGAACUGGCGAAGACUGAGAGAGCUUAUUGUGCAACUUUAGAGAACCUGAAUAAUAUGAAAAAGAGUUACAUAUCUCACAUGAGCGACGUAUGUUGA